AAAACCAAGCGUGGAGGCGGGAAGGGAGGGCGGAGACAGUUGUUUAUAUUCGUGUGGCUCAGUGGCUGUAAAUCGUCAACUCGUCUAGUGAGCUAGGAGCAAGAUUCACUAUUUCAACCUAGUUGUACUACUAGGUAACAACAUCAGAUAAAUACGUGAAUAGAUAUGUUCUGAUUUAAUUUGUCCAAUAAGGUCCGAGGAUCAAGGAAAGGAGUGUACAGCAUAUUUUAAGUGAAUCUCCUUAUGUGAUUUUAAAAGGAGGACAAAAAUAAGAAGGUAGGCUAGAUUAUGAAAUAAGAACAAGUUAUUUCAAAGGAAGCAAAAGCUACAAUAACACAGGCGAUAACAUAUCAUAAAGGGACAACGCGCGCAGCAGAGUGGUGACCUGGCCAGAGCGCGAUGUUUGGAAUGAUAAAGAAUACAAUUUUCGGGAACACAGAAGAAACGGACUACAAAUUGCUCAGCAGCGAGACCAAGGAGGGGGUCAGCUAUGAGGUGCGGCGGUACGAUGGUGCAAAGUAUGCCUCAGUGAGCUCAGAGGGGCGGACCUUUGACCAGGUGACGGGGGAGCUAGUGAGGAAGCUGCUCGUGUACAUUGGGGGAAGUAACGACCAAGGGGAGGCAAUGGGGACGACAGCACCGGUUAUCAUCACAGUAUAUCCCAGGGACGACGGUGUGAUGUCACGCCGUUUGGUGGUUAGCCUCAGGAUUCCUACCAACUACCAAGUCAGUCCCCCUGUGCCCAUCGACAGUGCCAUCAGGAUCGAGGAUCGACCCGGCAUGACUGUCUACUCACUGCAGUUUGGUGGCUUCGCAGGGGAGACUGAGUACCGUGCAGAGGCCUCUCGCCUAACCAAAACUCUUGGUGAGACUGCCCCAUUUCAGCGGAAACAGUACUUCUGCUGCACCUACGACCCACCAAUGAAACCCUACGGCCGACGCAACGAGGUGUGGUUCCUACAGGAGGAGCCAUAAGGGAAGCAUUAAGACCGACUCUUAAUAAUAAACUAGUCACUUCCUCUCCUUUAUCUUCACUGAUCACUCCACAUCUUGAUCUUCAUCUCCAAAAAAUAGGAUAUGUGAAAAUAAUAUGACAACAACAGGGGAUUUGUUUUCAGAUCAGUGCAAAUUAAGGAGAGGUGAUGCAAAGAAGUGUAUUAGACUAUUGAAAGGUCAUAAAGGGGAGGGAUGGGCAGCAGGCUACACAGUUACUGGUCCAAAGUAGUGCAAUAGUACGGUACCAUUAUCAGUAACUGGAUAUUAAGUGGCCUGGGGUAGGAGCCACUAACCACAAAGUACCGCUGUGUGUUAUAGGUGGUACAUCAUUAAGUUCUUAUUUUGUACACCCAGGGGUUGACACUCCCCUUAAAACAUGCUUCAUAGUGCUUGGAAGAAAAGCACAUUAAAUCAGACUGUACACAUAUCACUAUUCAGCAGUCUAAUUAAAAUUGCUUCACUUCACACACCAUAAAAACAAAAUGACAGUUAAGUAUUCAAUAAGUCAUUAAAUUAAGUUUUAAAAUGCACAAUUCCUUUUCCCAAGGGAGGGAAUUGGAAAUAAACUAGGAAUUAAGCCAUAGAGUAGUGAUAGUAAAAUGUUUUCCUUAGUAUGAAUUAGUUGGUGGGGAGGGUAUGAAGGAGAAAUAUAUUAGUCAUUCCUUAAGUGUUAUCAUUUGAGAUGUCUAAUCCUUCUGUGAUGAUGACAUGAAAACUUUAAGACAGCAGUUGUGUGUAGUGAAUGUUUUGGUGUGCUUGUAUUUGGAGUCUAUGAAUUGUAAUGUUAUGAUUCUUGAAACUGUAUUUUGAAAUACCUCUGUAUGGUGUGUGAUUUUCUGUGAAAAUAUGGAGUGACGAUAUCAUCAGGAUUUGAUAGCGUUUCAUAUCAUAUUUAUUCAAGAUAUUACUAAUACGAUUUUUUGGUGCAAAACUGACGUUUUCUUUUUUUAGUUCUAUACAAAAGAAUGCUUAAAGUACUGGUACACCACUGUUUUGGAUAGGUUUUACAUAAACAUUUAUUUAUUAUUAGAUUUUGAAUCAAUAUGAAGAACUCAAAAGAAGGAAUUAGGGUUUACAAACAAGAUAUUUCAGACAUUUGAUAAAUUUAAGCAGAUACUUAAAACCAACCAAACCUAUAACCUAAAACUAGUACAACAUGUCCUCACUAUGCACUAAAAUAGCAAUUAUAUGGUUUGUUAGUCACUACAACCCAGUUUAAACAGGAAUAAAUUAGUGGUUUUCACAGGUUAAUUCGUCACAACUGCAAGAAAGCACUGUGUAGCAGGCUAGCGGCUAAAUAAAUACAUGGCCUAGUAACCCCACACUUGUGUAAUUGCACAGAGAGUAGGGUUUUGGUUUCAGCCGGGCUUUGCAUUCAUCGAUACAAUAUACAGGGUUCGACUAGGACAUGGGUUAUUCAUGUUGACCAGUUAUCAUCUCUAGGCUCAACAAGUUAUUUGUGAGAUCUAGGAACAUUGCACAUUACCAAUAAUCUCACAUACGUAGAGGUACAUGUCAGUGCUCCAUCCAAUUGCCAUAUUCAAACAACAUGUACUUCCUUUAAUAAAAAGCCAGAAAUAAUCUAGAAAGGUAUGGUGUACAUUGAGAGCACUGGGAACUUCAGCUUUCAUUCAAGGCUCCCUGGAACAAACUUAAACCACGCACCAACACAAUGGAAACACUUACUGUGAACGUGAAUGUAAAAAUACUUUACAAUACUAGUAGGAAUAGAAAUUGUCGUUUUGUUAAUAAGCAUCAUUUUAAUCGAAAAUUGUUAUAAAAUGUAUUUUGGUAAUAAACCUCUGGAUUUAAAAAAUGCUGUAAAUAUUUAAUGCCUAUACAUUCCCCAUACUGCCCAUCACAUGUUCCUCAACAGGGCAGUUAGAAACCCUUUCCUAUGUACAGGACAGUUCCACAUUCUAACAGACUGAGGGAGAGAGAGCCGACCAUGAUAACUGAAAAGAUUGAAUACUUAUCCGUUACGUGAAUAACCAUUUACUUGGCAAUUGACAAAAUAAACUGAGUGGGAGGGGGUGAAAUGAAGCUUUACUCAUGAUUAAAAGGAAACAUUCAUCAUUUGAAAAUGUCCCAA